AUGGGUGAUAAAUUUUACGCAGUUGCACACGGUCGUAAGCCGGGUGUAUAUGAGGACUGGAAUGAGGUUCAGAAACAGAUACACGAUUAUCCUCAGCCAGUUUAUAAAAAGUUCACCAAUAAGGAAGAGGCUGAAGAAUUUUUCAAGGCUCGACAACCCGAGCGAAUAUCAAUGGAAGUUGAUGAAUCAGCAAAGAAGUUCUACGCUGUCGCAAGAGGAAAAGUGAUCGGUGUAUUUACGGAUUACGAAGAGGUGAAAAAACACAUUGCUGACUAUCCACAGCCAAUGUACAAGAAAUUCGAAGAUCUCACCGAAGCAAAAGCGUAUUUUAAAAAAUAUACAAGUGGAGAAGAUCAUGCUGAAGACACAAACGUGCAUAAGGAAAAAGACGAAGCAAGCUCAACCAAUAAAGAUGAUAAGAAGUCUGAAGGAAAAGAUAAAAAGCAAGACGACAGUCAUCACCGUGCUAAAGACAACACCAAAGAAAAAGAGAAGACGUCACACGAUUCAGCUGAGAAAAAUGAUUCGAAAGACAAGGCUGAUUCAAAAGAGAAAGUCUAUUACGCAGUAGCGCGGGGCCACAAACCUGGUGUUUAUGCGACUUGGGCUGAAUGUCAGGAGCAAACUAAAGAUUUUAAAGGAGCGAAAUUCAAGAAGUUCACGAAUGAAGAGGAUGCAAAAUUAUUCGCUGAGGGCAAAACGCUCAAACAAAUUGAAGAGCGCAAACGUCCGCAUGAUAAAGAGGACAGUGAAGAGAGUGUUGAGCCAAAGAAAGCGAAUAAAGAGAAGGAGAAAGCUUGA